CGCUCACAAUCACAUAAAGCUAAAGAAGAAGAAGAAAACCCACUUCCAAAAAUGCUUUCUCCUCCCCGCUCCGAUCAUACCCCCAAAACAGUGAAUACUCUGUUUUCUUCAUCCUCCCUGCAUAUGCAGAGGCAAAAAACCCGCAUUGACAACUUUUUCAGGGACCAGAACCCAAAAACCCAACCAGAGCAAGGUUCUUCCAUCGGAGAUAUAAUCAAACUUGCCGCGGAAAAGUUCAUAGAUUCUUCUACGGAACCCACCGACCCACCAACCGGAAACUCCGACGACGACGACGUGGAACUCAUAUACCAGCUAUUGCGUGCCGCCGAUGAAUUGGAUCACAAGCAGUACGAGCAAGCGACCCACUUCCUCAAUCUCUGUGAUUUUUCGUCUUCCCAGACUGGGAAUCUCGCUCAGAGGAUCACCCACUACUUCGUCCAAGCUCUUCGCGAAAAGCUCCGUAACGAAACUGGCAGCGGAACCCAUCCUGUAGCCGAUCUCAUGAAAAAAUUCCAACGAUUGAACGUCGAGGAAACAAUGACUGCUGCAUCCCCUCUAGUCGCGGUCUUGCACGAGAAAAUCCCCUUCUUCCAAGUCGGUCAGCUAGCCGGAGUUCAAGCAAUCGUGGAAAGCGUAGAGAAGGCCAAAAUGAUUCACAUAAUCGACCUCAGAAUCAGAAACGGGAUGCAAUGGACGGCCCUGAUGCAGGCUUUAUCCACCACCGGCGAAGGGAAACGACGCCGUUGGGGUGCUCCAGAGAUUCUGAAAAUCACAGCCAUCGUCACGGUGUCGGAAAAUUUGAUCCGGAGAACAGGGGAAAGGCUAGCAAAGUUCGCCGAGUCGAUGGAGAUACCCUUCGAAUUUCACUCCAUAGUGGUAUCAAGCUUGACCGAAAUCGACGAGGCGCAAUUCGACCUCGAUCCCCGAGAAACCGUAGCUGUUUUCAGUGAGUACGCAUUACAGGGUCUGGUUUCAGAGCCGAAUGAAUUGGAAGCACUGAUGAGAGUUGUAAAGAAAAUCAGUCCGAGCAUAAUGGUGGUGCUUGAAUCAGAGGUGAACCUCAAUUCCUCCAACUUCGCUCGCCGGUUCGUCGAAGUUCUGUUCCACUAUGGGGCAUACUUCGAUUGUCUCGAUGCUUGCUUGGAAUCAUCGUGCGAUGAUGAUGGUGGUGGCGGGUGUGGCUACAGGGAUUUGAUUGAGUCGAUGUUCCUGAACAAGGUGACGGAGCAUUUGGUGAAGGAAGGGGAAGAAAGGCCGAGGGUCGUGACGAUUGAAGUGUGGAGGAAGUUCUUUGGGCGGUUUUUGAUGUGGGAAAUGGGGUUGAGCUCGUCGGCGAUGGAGACCGUGAAUCUGUUGCUGGGGAGGUUUGUGGGCGGCAAGUGUUGUACGUUGGACAUGGAUGAGAGGAGUUUGGUUGUUGGAUGGAAAGGGACGCCUAUUUUCUCGAUUUCCACUUGGAAGUUCCUCCAUUGAAACUGGUGUUUGAAGAUGGAAAGCUUUGUGGAGUGGAGUUGAAUAGAGAAGAAACAAUACAGAACUUGAAGAAGAAAGAGUUGCAGAGCAUAACUUCAGCAGACUUGAUGAAGGAUGUUGGGAUUGAAGGGCGAAACAUUUCGUUUCUUCUCCUUGAAACUUUAUAUCAAUCGCUGUUUGUCAUUUGCAGACCACUCUUGGCAGUGGACCCAGAAAUUUUUUAUAAGGUGUCAUAUUUUAAAAAAUAAAAAUAAUUAAUAAAAUAAAAUCAUAAAUAUGAAAAUACCUUACUCGUAAGUCCAUGAUGUGUUUUCAUAUUCGGAAAUAAUUGUAUAAUACACUUGGUGUCUAUAGUGUUAAAAAAAUUGUCUCUAUAUACCCUACUAGACAAUCAUUCACGAACUUAUCGCAUAUUCAAUUUGUAAACUUGUUCUUGAUGUAACCCAAAGCUGAAAGACUCUUUCAACACUUGUCGUACAAUCAUAAAAUCAAUACAAAUUAAGGGCAGCUUGAAAUUAGUUUAAUUGUUAGGUUUUUAAAUAAUUAGAGAUAGGGAAUGACAUUUUACUAUUACACAUUGUUCGAACAACAAAUGAGUUGUAGCUCAACGAAAAUUAAGUUUAUUAAUAAUAAUAGUUUUCUAGAUUUGAAUUACCCAACCUACCACUUAUAUUUCUAUACACAAAUGACAGUAGGAUAAUCAUUUUUUCAUAUUUUAGUGGUGUCCCUCACUAUCGAUUAUACUUUUUUUGUUCAUACGUAAAAUACUACCAGGAGUUGGAUAAUCGUUUUCCCAAAAUUUAAGGGUAUCCCGGGACACCCCUAAAACCCCCCGGGUCCGUCCCUGACUCUUGGUAAGCCAUCGAUCUGGUACUUACUAUUGCACUACACUUAAUCUUGAAGGAGUGUAAGUAGGCCAAGGUUUCCUAACUUGUAUCACUUUGUCCUUUUUCUCCAUCUUCUUCUCAUACCUUCCAAAUAGGGGUGGACGUUCGGUCGGUUUGGUUUGAAUCGAACCAAACAAGAAAGUAUCGAUGUUCCGAAGACAGUUUCACCCCAAUCAAAUUCGAACCGAGCUAUAAUUCGGUUCAGUUCAACCGAAUUAUAGAUCCGUUCAGUUCGAUUUUUCUGCCCAAAACCGAAAUGUGCCUGCUGUGUGUAUUUUGUGUUGCUGCUCAUCUAUUUCUGCUGGCCGCUCGGCAACAUUGGCCAAAAGAGGGUUGCUGAUAUUUUUCUAUUUGCUCGAUUUCCGACUGAUGGAGGACGUCAUGUCGAUUUUCGUGGCCUUUGAUUGGGGCUUUGGAUUUUGGACUUCGGAGAGACUUGGAGUGUAGAAGGCCACCAGUGGUGGCAGCCGGAGGGAGAGUCAGUGGCGGCCAGGGGGAGACUCGCUCUCGGGACUCGGAAACUCAGUGGGUGGCUGGGCGGGAGGCGGCGACUGGUGGUGAGGGCGAUGAUUGCGUCGAGAGGGAGAGGCCGUAAGGGACUAGUCGUUGUCUCGUCGAGGUCGGGGAGACACCGAGAACGACGCAACCUCGCAGGUCCGGCUGUCGGCGUCGAGCAGUGGAGGAGUAGUUGUCAGGGAUGUCAAUUUUGCCCAUAACCAUGGGUUUUUAACUAUCCAACCCAAUUGGGUUGGGUAUGAAAUCCAAAUAUGUGGAUAUGGGUAGAGAUUGAUGGGUUUGUACCCAUACCCAUUUACUUUGGGUUGGGUUGGGUUUAUAACAAAUGGAUUUGGGUUUGUACCCAUGCCCAAAUACAAAUUACAUUUUGGUACCUAAACUUAAUAGAUAUGCAUAUUUCGU